AUGCGAGGAGAUAAGGAAACCACCAAUUGGCUAAACAAGUCCCUUAUGAAGCAAGCCCGGCAAAAGAAGCUUUCGAUUAUAGCUGUUGGGGUAUUAUCGACAGUGGCAGUAACUGUAGGUUAUUUAUUAUAUCUGUAUCGUGGCCAGCGAAACCCGAAUAUAAGAGACGUAAAACCAAAGUCGAAAUGUUACGUUCUUACACAAGACUUGUUCGAUAAGAUCGAAAAUUGGCAAGAAGAACUAUCAAAAGACAGCGUAAUGUUAGUUUUACCAGAAGUUGCCCACUUAGGAAAUCAUUUAAAGUUACAGCUAUCGUCUAUUGAACAUAAGAUUGUCAUCUUUAACAAUUCAUCGGCCGUUUGGAGUGCAGUUAGGCAUUUAAAGAAAUACGAGUUGGUAAUAAGUCGUGAUAAGACUUCUGAUAUGCCAGUAGAUCUCAGGAGGUAUGUGGGACAGAUUUCGCACAUUUGA